GGCGACGACUCUUCGAUCUCUUCUCCCUCACAGACGACGGAGAGGCCUGCAUAGGGUGACAGGCAGCAGAUCACACAAGCAGCAGAGGUCGACCACGCAGGCAGCGUCAUCAAUGGCGGGCGACGGCUGCAACGGCAACGGCGCGGCGGCGGGCGUGGUGGUGCCGGAGAUCAAGUUCACCAAGCUCUUCAUCAACGGCGAGUUCGUCGACGCCGUCUCCGGCAAGACGUUCGAGACCCGGGACCCGCGGACCGGCGACGUGCUGGCCCACGUCGCCGAGGCCGACAAGGCCGACGUCGACCUCGCCGUCAAGGCCGCCCGCGACGCCUUCGAGCACGGCAAGUGGCCCCGCAUGUCAGGAUAUGAGCGGGGCCGCAUCCUGAGCAGGUUCGCGGACCUGGUGGACGAGCACACGGAGGAGCUGGCGGCGCUGGACGGCGCCGACGCCGGCAAGCUGCUGCUGCUGGGCAAGGUCAUCGACGUCCCCUCCGCCACGCAGAUGCUGCGCUACUACGCGGGCGCUGCCGACAAGAUCCACGGCGACGUGCUGCGCGUCUCGGGCAAGUACCAGGGCUACACGCUCAGGGAGCCCGUCGGCGUCGCCGGCGUCAUCAUCCCCUGGAACUUCCCCACCAUGAUGUUCUUCCUCAAGGUCAGCCCGGCGCUCGCCGCGGGGUGCACCGUCGUCGUCAAGCCCGCCGAGCAGACGCCGCUCUCCGCGCUCUACUACGCGCACCUCGCCAAGCUCGCCGGCGUCCCGGACGGGGUCAUCAACGUCGUCCCGGGCUUCGGGCACACCGCCGGCGCCGCGAUCACCUCCCACAUGGACGUCGAUACCGUGGCGUUCACCGGCUCCACGGAGGUCGGCCGCCUCAUCAUGCAGUCGGCCGCGAGGAGCAACCUCAAGUCGGUCUCGCUGGAGCUCGGCGGCAAGUCGCCGCUCAUCAUCUUCGACGACGCCGACGUCGACAUGGCCGUCAACCUGUCGAGGCUCGCCAUCUUCUUCAACAAGGGGGAGAUCUGCGUGGCCGGAUCGCGCGUCUACGUGCAGGAAGGGAUCUACGACGAGUUCGUCAAGAAGGCCGUGGAGGCCGCGCAGAGCUGGAAGGUCGGAGAUCCGUUCGAUGCCACCAGCAACAUGGGUCCCCAGGUUGACAAGGAACAAUUCGAGAAGGUCCUGAAGUACAUUGAGCACGGCAAGAGCGAGGGCGCGACUCUGCUCACCGGCGGCAAGCCCGCCGCCGACAAGGGGUACUACAUUGAGCCCACUAUCUUUGUCGAUGUCACGGAGGACAUGAAGAUCGCGCAGGAAGAGAUCUUCGGCCCCGUCAUGGCCCUCAUGAAGUUCAAGACGGUCGACGAGGUGAUCGAGAAGGCAAACUGCACCAGGUACGGGCUCGCCGCCGGGAUCGUGACCAAGAGCCUGGACGUCGCGAACCGGGUGUCGCGGUCGGUGCGCGCGGGCACCGUGUGGGUGAACUGCUACUUCGCCUUCGACCCGGACGCGCCCUUCGGCGGAUACAAGAUGAGCGGCUUCGGCCGGGACCAGGGGCUCGCCGCCAUGGACAAGUACCUGCAGGUCAAGAGCGUCAUCACCGCGCUCCCGGACUCGCCGUGGUACUGAUCGGUCGGGGUGCCACCGGCCGGCCAGCCGGCCGGGACCGAUCGAUUCCUCGGUCUCCGUCUUUGUGCAGUGUACAUGUGUGCUCGCGGCGGAGCUGCUGCUUGCGUUCUCGUCUCUGGUUUGUGACUUGUGUUGGAGAAUUGCUCUGCUCCCCGUCCAUCCUUCUAUACAGCAGCUGCAGAACAUGAACUGGUAGUAUUUUUCGUCCUGUGAUACAUGUAGUAGUCAAUAUGUUUACCACCUAGACUUUCUAAUGUUUCACAAUUCGGGUGAUGCCACACAUCACGCGCCUCGAA